CCCCGGCCAAAAUCUCAUCUCAUACUCAGAUACAAAAUCGAAGAAUAAUACAUUAACAAAAAGGAAGGAGAUGUCUACAGUGUCGGUGCCUCCGAAUUUAAGCUCCCCUCGUGAUGAUGCCCAUCAUUUACACAAAGCUUUUAAGGGAUUUGGUUGUGACACUGCAAAAGUAAUCGAAAUACUAGCCCAUCGUGAUUUGACCCAGCGUGGUCUCAUCCAACAAGAGUAUAGAAUGAUGCAUUCUCAAGAACUUAGUAAACGACUUUCUUCAGAGCUAAGUGGUGAUAUCAAGAAAGCCCUCAUACUUUGGAUGCAAGAUCCAGCUACCCGUGAUGCCACUUUAUUGAAGAAGGCUCUAAGCGAAGAAAAAGGCAAUCUCAGAAUUGUCACAGAAAUAAUAUGUUCUCGAACUCCAUCACAAUUACAACACUUAAGACCACUUUACUAUAAUAUGUUUAGGGUUUAUCUUGAGAAUGCUAUUGAAAAUCGAGCACAUGGUGAUCACAAAAAGAUGUUGCUUGAAUAUUUAACUAAGAGCCGUUAUGAAGGCCCAGAAGUUGAUCAAAUGAUGGCCGGGAACGAUGCUAGAGCACUUUAUAAAGCAGGGGAAAAGAGACUAGGAACUGAUGAGAAAACAUUCAGACGCAUUUUCAGUGAAAGAAGUAGGGCACAUCUUGCUGCUAUUAGCGAAGCCUACGAGCGCUUGUAUGAAAAAUCUCUAGAAAAGGUAGUCAAGAGUGAAACAUCUGGACACUUUGAGUACGCCCUUGUAACCAUCUUAAAUUGUGCAGAGAAUCCGGGAAAAUAUUUUGCUAAGGUGCUGCGGAAGGCAAUGAAAGGCAUUGGAACAGAUGAGUCGACCCUGACCAGAGUAAUCGUGACAAGGGCCGAAAUCGAUCUGCAGUACAUUAAAGCAGAGUACAUGAAGAAACAUGGAAAAUCUUUAUAUGAUGCAGUUCAAUCCGAAACAUCUAGUCACUACAAGAAUUUUCUUCUUGCUCUCAUAGGCCCCAACUAGUAAAGGUGAUAGCAUCUUGCACAGUUCGCACAACUACAAAUUUUUCAUAGUAACUCAUAAUUGAUGUUAUAAAUGAGAUUGCAAGAUUGUUUGAAUUGAUUCUUAUAUAUAGUAGUAGUUCUGUUAGAGAAAUCCUACGAGCUUUUAGUGAUCUAAAUAAUAAUGUAAUUUGCUGGUAUACAUGUGGGAUGUAUAUAUAUUGUAUAUCUGUAUGUAACUUUGAUAAAUAAUUGUGAAUUUCUAUUUAUCUUUGAUAGU